AGAAUAACAAAGGAGCGGCUUUGGGAUUUAGGGGGGAAAAAGGAAGCGAAGCGAAGCAAAGCUCCCUCUCUCUCUCUCUUUUUGGGACUUGGUGAAGACUGAAAAAGCGUCAGCUCUCUUUCUCUCUUCUCUCUGUGGGUUUGCCGCUUAGAUCUGAUCUCUCCUCUUUCCCCGUACCCCCGUCGGCCGUGUUCCUUCUCUCCGCCACCAACCGCCGCCGAGAAUAAGCUUACUCUCCGGCUCCGUUCGUCUCGUCUGUCUGUCGUUUGUUCGUUAUUUUUUUAUUUCUCCCUUGUCCAAAACUCCUCGCGCGGCUACGUACAUAUAAAUACGUAACGCAAUAAACCCUAAAAAUCUCGGAAGAGGGUUUUCUGGUUUGACGGGCGCCGCAACUCUACCUUAUCUCUCCAUUUCCUCCCGAUCUGCCUAGCGACUUCAUAGCGCGGGAUUUUUUUGUUCGGAUUCUUGCUUUUGUUGGUGGAGAGCAGAAGCAGCCACUCUUAGCUAUCUAUGGCCGCUCCGUAUCCGGGACCCGUCUCUGCUAUUCAGGUGGGGUCGUACUUUGUUGGUCAGUACUACCAAGUGCUUCAGCAGAAGCCUGAUCUUGUUUUUCAGUUCUACUCCGAAGCCAGCACCAUGAUCCGCGUUGAGGGAGAUGACAGUGAAACUGCCUCGAAUGUGCUGCAUAUCCAUAAUAUUAUCACGUCUUUGAAUUUCACUGCUAUUGAGAUCAAGACCAUCAAUUCUAUUGAAUCAUGGAAUGGAGGUGUUAUGGUGAUGGUUUCUGGCUCUGUCAAAACCAAGGAAUUCAGUGGCAGGAAGAAGUUUGUGCAGACCUUUUUCCUGGCUCCUCAGGAGAAGGGUUAUUUUGUUCUCAAUGAUAUUUUCCAGUUCAUUGAUAGUGAGAUCAUCUACCAGCACCAUCCUGUUUCUACUGCAUCGGAAAACAUCUACCAACAGCACUCAGCUCCUAGCACCGCUGAACACAUCUAUCAGCAGCACUCAGCCCCUACUACAACCGAUCACAUCUACCACCAGCAUCCUGAUCCAGUGACUUCUGAGUCAAUUUAUCAGCAACACAUAUCAGAGGAACAUUUUGAUGCCCAUCAAAAUGCUUCUGCUAGUCUCCCUGAGCCUCCAGCAGUGUCUGACUACGCCUUGGAGGAAGAAGCUAGGGAGUAUGUGAAUUCAGUUCACAUAGAAGACACUCCAGUUGACAAGUACAGCAUUCCAGAACUUCAACAUCAGCAAGACUUCCGGGAUGAUACUGUAGUGGAAGAAACAAUAGAGGAGACACCUUCGUAUCAGGGUGCUGUGGAUGGUGUGCACGAACCUUCAGCAUCUGUGGUGGAUGAUGAACCCGUGGGAGAACCAGAAAAGAAAACUUAUGCGUCUAUUUUAAGAGUUGCCAAGGGGCCAUUCUCAUCAGUUGCUGCUCAGCAACCUGUUGUUAAGAAAGACACAGCUUCAGAUUGGAAUCAUGUGUCAGCACCCAAUGCCCAGCAGUCAGACGCAGGGUUGUCAUUUGUGCCAGAGGCUACUAAUGAUAAACAUGACGACGGUUUGGAACUUGAUGAAGGUGAACCUAGAUCUGUUUAUGUGCGCAACUUGCCAUCCGAUAUUAGUGCCGCAGAAAUUGAACAGGAGUUCAGAAACUUUGGUAGAAUCAGGCCCGAUGGCGUCUUUGUCAGGAACCGAAAAGACGUAAUUGGUGUUUGUUACGCUUUCGUCGAGUUUGAAGACCUUGCAAGUGUUCAUAAUGCAAUAAAGUCAUCUCCCAUACAAUUGGCUGGGAGACAAGUCUACAUCGAGGAACGAAGACCAACUCCUGGGGGUAUUGGUGCUCGCGGUGGAAGAGGAGGAAGGGGAAGAGGCAGAGGUGGGUACCCCAUAACGGAUGCCCCAAGGGGCCGCUACGGUGGUGGCGGCCGUGGUUUGGGCAGAGCAGGUACCCAAGAUGGCGAAUACAACAACAACAGCAAUAGAUCAAGGAGCGAUGGCUACUCUCAGCGCAUGUCACGGUAGGCAGAAAUUGCAUGAGGCCGGGAAAGAGGAAGAGUGUCGGUCAUAUGGGAUGGAAUAGUUUGGCCUAGCUAGCAGUGCAAUUUGGGAUCUGAAGCUCUGGUUUUUAGUUGAUUCGUUUCCUGAUCAGUUCAUAUACACCGGUAGAAAUCCAUGUUAUUUUGUGUCUGUUUUUUGGUGGCGGAGGCUGUGUUAUGUGAUCUUUUUGUAGGGGAUUUGUUAGAAAAUCCUUAAUUCCCCUUAUUAAUUAGUGCUCUGAGUGUUGCUCUACUUUUGGUGCUGGCAGUGUUUAAGAUACAUGGAAUGAUCCCCUUUGAAUACAUUGUUUUUCAUUGGGUAAAUUGCAAAUUUGGUCACUGGAAGUUUAUGUUUGCUCGUAAAAUUAAUUUAUUCACAUGUAGUCCACGUUUGGUUACUCUCCAUUAA